AUGUGUUGCUCAAGCAAGAACAAUGUAAUAAGAUUGAUUAAAGAUAACCAUGAAAUGCAUGGUGAAAUUAUUCAAAAUCCGACUAAAGACGAUAUAAAUCAAAUAAAUAAUAGAAGUAUGCUUUCAAUCGCAAUGCAAAUGACGUUUCAUCAAAGCUUUGAAUCAGUUAUUUUGUUUGAAUCUUGGAAAACAUCGAAUAGAUUUGAUUAUUUCAUUUCGUGUUUAUUCAUCAUUUUAAUGGGAUGUUUUACAAUGUUCAUUUCUUCUAUUAACAAAAAAUAUAUCAAAAGGAUCAAAAAAAAUAGAAUGGAGUAUGAAAAAUUAGGGGUAAAAGUUAUAUUUUUGAAUGUUUUAAUAACUAUCUUGUAUUACUCUAUGCAUUAUUUAAUGAUGCUGAUAGCUAUGACUUUUAAUUGGGGAUUAUUUUUUUCCGUUGUUCUUGGGUUAUCGAUAGGGUAUGGUAUAUUUGAACUAGGUUCGACGACAAAAAAUGAAUGUAGUUGUAAUGAAGACUGUGAUUUCCCGUCAUGUUGUUGA